AUGAGCUCCGUUCCUGGUCCCUCCCGGGAGCCCCCGCGAUACCUCAGGGUCUCUGGGUCCCAGCGACGGGAGCGGGCCCCGCGCUGCUCCUCUCCGGGUGGGGACGCGGAGCCCUCACGCGUGUCCCCGGGGCGGUCCCAGCCCUGCUCCUCACUCCCCAGCCCCGAGAGCCGCGGGGGCGGAGGGGGCUGGUACCCAAAUAGCCGCAGUUGCCAAAGCAACCGCAUCCCGGGUCUCCAUGGCUGCGGCGGGGACGGCUCCGGCAUCGGCAGCCUCGGGGUGGGGAACGCGGGCAGAGGAUUUCCGCAGGGGGAUGGGAGCGGGGUGCGAAGCGGGGUGGAGGUGCACGUGGAGCUGAGCAAGGCGGAGGCGGAGGCCAUCGAGAAGGAGCUGCUGGAGGAUUAUCGCUUCGGGCGGCAGCAGCUGAUCGAGAUCUGGGGACACGCCUGUGCCGUGGCCGUCACCAAGGCCUUCCCGCUGCCAUCCCUCCCACGGAAGCAGCCCACAGUGCUGGUGGUGUGCGGCCCUGCACAGAACGGGGCCAUCGGGCUGGUGUGCGCGCGGCACCUGCGCAUCUUUGACUAUGAGCCCACCAUCUUCUACCCUAAACGCUCCCUGGACCCCCUGUACCGGGACUUCACCACUCAGUGUGAGAAGAUGGACAUCCCCUUCCUCUCGUACCUCCCCACCGAGGUGCAGCUGAUCAACGAUGCCUACAACGCGGUGGUGGAUGCAGUGCUGGGGGCUGAAGCGGAGCUGGGUGAGGGCAGGGGGCCUUGUGCUGGCAUCCUUGCCACCCUAAAACACGUCCGCAUCCCCAUUGUCAGCCUGGAUGUGCCCUCAGGGUGGGAUGUGGAGGCGGGCAGCAGUGGUGGGAUCAGCCCUGACGUGCUGGUGUCGCUGAUGGCCCCCAAGCAAUGCGCCCGCCGCUUCCUGGGCCGCCAGCACUUCGUGGCCGGCCGCUUCGUGCCCUACGACGUGCAGAAGAAGUUUGAGCUCAACCCUCCCGAGUACCCGGGCACUGAAUGCGUGGUGGACCUGAGUGCCUCUCAAUAAAGUGCUGGGA